UGUUCCCGUUGUUUACAUUGCAAAAUGUGAAACUGAAGUUGUGUGGGCUGGAGGUGGAGACGAACUGAAAAGGUUUCGGGAAUGUAAGCUGCUGCGCUGUAGUCCGCCAGGAAAUGGACGAGAUAAGUCCUCUGUUGGGCAACCAGCCACAUGGCUCGGACCUUCCGUCUCCGAACCUGAGGCCGAGACACCAGGAACUGAUCCUGACACCAUGUGGCCCGAUAAAGCGCUGGUCGGAGCUGCCGCGCCUGCUGCAGGUCUAUUUCUGCUUCGCCAUACUGUCUCUGCUGGCGCUGCUCGGCCUCACCGUGUCCAGCCUCUACAAGCAGCACACGGACACGGACGUGUCCGAUGAGGACAACUUCACUGUGUCGCUGAUCCAGCUAGUUGGAAUAGUGUUCUGCAUCUACUACAUCAUCCGCGGCGUGCUGCAGGAAAACCGACAGGAGCUGGUGGCGUUCGUGCUCAGCGUGCUGGUAGUGAUGAUUCGGUCGGUGGUCAACUUCUCCGUGCUGGGUACGAAAGGCCAACAGGAGCUGCUGGUGCGUUUCGUGUGCAUCGUCACCCUGGGCGUCGUGCACAUCUUUUGCACCACGCUGCUCAUCCGGAGACCGAACAUGAUGGCGUUCCGUGUGGGCGGAGCCUUGGAGUGCCUUCAAGAGCAGUAUUUCCUGCUAAACCUGUGUUUCUCCAUGGUGACCUUUGACCUGCAGGCUCAGUUGUGCCUGUGUGCCCUGAUCUUAACAACGAGCCUGGCGGCGACUGGUGCCAACAACAUAAUCGUGGGUGUCGGAGUGUUCUGGGCCAUCCUGACUACAGUUGUGGGCGCUGUUGCGGUUUUAAAGGAAAAGAAAGUUUUGGUUUGGAUCUUUAUGGCGCAGAACGUUCCUCAGGUGGCAUUCUUUGUGUAUCUGAUGUACACGGUGGCAGAGAAAUGGUUCCAGGACACUACGUACACAGUGGAGGCAGCUGCUAUAACCGGGGCUUUGAUUUCACUGGUGAUCAAAGUGGUUUUAUUCUGGGGCCUCAUCAGACUGGUACACAGCUUUGGACAAGGCCUGAGAGAGAGAAUGUUUGCACAUAACAGGUGAUAAAACAUCAGGACCAAGGAAACAGCUGCACGCUGUGGGCUUAAAGCACCGUGCUGCUGACCGCGAAGCUCACAUUUGUAUUCAGCAUCAAGUGUGCCAAAAUCAUCACUCAGCAUUGUUUUAUUUUUCCAUGUUCUGUAUACUGUAAGAAUGUUAAUGUGUUUCUGGCUUCAGCGGCGUCCCUGUUUACAGAAUUUAAAUGAAUUCUCAGGGGUUUUUUUUUUUUUUUUUAUUUUUUAUUUAAGUCAACAACAACAACACCAACAGAUUAUAAUUUUACAUAAAAGUACUCAAACAGUAACCGAAAAAGGAAUCUGAUCAUAUCAGAUGUUUGCAUCUGAUAUGAUCAGUCUGUACCUGAAUACGUGCAUGCAUCAUGACGUGCGAUGCAGCUCUCUGUAUUUAAGUCCUCACUAUCUAGGUUGUGCCAACACUUUUAUAUUAGUGCAUUACGUGUAUUAGCUAAGCAUGGCUCACUGAGUCUAUGAGCUCCAUUGUUUUUACCCCUGCUGAGCGUACGCUCUGUCGCUCUCUGUGGCACGACUAAAAUAUUUCCUUUGAAUGUCGCCACGCAGGUAGAUUGUUCUGGUAUCCUGUCAACAUGCGUUUGUAAACCAGCUUCAUAUAAUCGUUUUUACACCAAUAUGCAUUUUAACACCUAAAUCGAGUUUUGUAGCGUUGCCAACAUCCUCCACUUUUUAAAAAAUGUGAUUUCUUCCUGUAAAUUGUAUUCACAGUUAUGACUGAUUUAAGUUUGCUUUUUAAAAUUAGAAAUGUGUAAAUUAACUCGUGCAGUCGACCACCACGACUAGCCGUGUUUUUAUUGACAUAUUUUUUAAACUGUCUGCUGCACUUUCAUGCGCUCCUGUUUUUUUCAUCCAAAGUUCUUAAUAAAGUAUUUUAA